GCUGCUUUCAUUUGAAUAAAUAACCACCGGAACCCGCGGUCGUGAGCGCGCAAAUGCGCAUCGGUCUGCGCAUCUUUGAAUCUUCACAACUACGCCGUGGACAAUCUCCCUGACAUCCAAAGACCUCUCCUCUGCAAUCCGACGCGGCUUCUUCACCGCCUAUGGCCGCACAUCGGCAUCCCUGAGCCGCUGGCCUCGUCCCGGACCUUUCACCCAUCGCCGUCCAAGGUCUUUGAAUCGGCGGAGACGUUUCUUUAUAAGAUUUUUAUUUAAUUUUUUUUAAUGGUAAAUCAUCCUCGGCAGAGUAUUCUGAAGGAAGCCGGCGCUAUGCUGGGCCCAUCUCUCUAGAUCCUGUGAUUAAUACACGAUCUCUCAUUCCCUCAUUCGUCCGACCCCCCUGGUACUCUCAUCGUGCCCCAGCGAUGCACCCGAACGCAGUGAUGCUGGCGGUGGUCCUUCUGUGGGACUCGAUGCUUCCGUUCAUCUCGGCUCAAAACGCUGGGUUUGUGAAGUCGCCCAUGUCUGAGACUAAGCUUACGGGGGACACCUUUGAGCUGUACUGCGACGUGGUUGGUAACCCCACUCCGGAGAUCCAGUGGUGGUAUGCCGAGAUCAACCGAGCUGACUCCUUCAAGCAGCUGUGGGACGGCGCCCGCAAGCGGCGGGUAUCCAUCAACACGGCCUACGGCACCAAUGGGGUCAGCGUGCUCGGCAUCACGCGUCUCACACUGGAGGACUCUGGGACCUAUGAGUGCCGGGCCAGCAACGACCCCAAGCGCAAUGACCUCCGCCAAAACCCCGCCAUCACCUGGAUCCGCGCCCAGGCCACCAUUUUGGUGCUACAGAAACCAAAGAUCAAUGCCUCCGAUCAGAUCAUCCUUUCGGCGGACAACCCUCGUAAAGAAAUCUUCCUGUACUGUAACCUCACCACUGCACACACGCCCCACAGGGAAAGCUUCUGGAUGAAAAACGGACUGGAAAUCACAAACACGCGGACAGAGUUGAGGAACACGUCAUACAGAAUCUUCAAAUCGCGGGCAGAUGAUUCCGGGGAGUACAUGUGCGUUUACACGUUCGCCAUGGCGCCCAAUGCAAAUGCCACAAUCGAAGUGAAAGCGAGACCUGAUGUCACCGGUCACAAGCGAAGCGAGAACAAGAACGAGGGGGAAAACGCGAUGCUUUACUGCAAGUCUGUGGGUUACCCGCAUCCCACCUGGACAUGGCGUAAACUGGACGGAACAUCCUACAUGGACAUCGACAACUCCACCGGACGCUUCUUCAUCACCAUCAGGGACAACUACACGGAGCUCAACGUCCUUAACCUGGAUAUAAGCAGCGAUCCCGGAGUGUACCAAUGCAACGCUUCUAACAUGAUUGGAAACACGGCUGAGACCACGAUACUUCGGGUGCGCAGCCACCUCGCCCCUCUGUGGCCUUUCCUCGGUGUGCUGGCGGAAAUUAUCAUCCUAGUCGUCAUCAUCGUCGUGUACGAGAAACGCAAGAGGCCGGACGACAUAAUUGAUGUAAUAACCACGAAAACAAAUUCAACAAACAACCACAAGGACAAAAACAUUCGCCAGAGGAAUACAAAAUAAGCAAUUUACUCAAACAAAAUGGCUAAACUGCAUUUUUGACAUGAUGAAGGUACCAGAGGUGGACGGAGCUCCGGGCAGUUUUGAAGAAAAGCAUAUCCUGUCUCAUUUUAUGAGAAACAAUAUCAGCAUAACACUGGCAACAAAAAGAACAUGAUGGCUGUCUUAAGCAUGCCUUAUUCAGUCAUGCGUGGAGAUUUCAGGAUGACGAAUAAUGACUAGAAUCACCGCAAAGGUGUACACAUUUUUAAUGUGCUGUUGAUGUCUCUGUUAUUUAUUUCAUCAUACCCUCAGAGGAGGUGAUCCCUUUUGUAUUACAUAUCAUGUACAAUGCAUGCAAGGUAAUUACGCAAUAGGAUACUCAGAAUAGACAUUUUCUGUUGUUAUCCCUCGUGUGGCUUUUUUUGCAUCUGAAAUGACCUGUGUUUUCUAUGGAGUCAUCCUUAUAACAUAUGUUUGUAUAUACAUAUAUAUGUAUAUACUGUACAUACAUAUAUAUGCAUACGUAUAUAUAUAUAUAUGUUAGUUUUAUUCUUGAGAAUUUGUACAGCAUAUCAUGGUCAGUUAACUAUGUUUGAUUUUGUGACAAUGAGUCCACUUUAUUGUGAAGCAAGGGCUUCGAUGGCAGUAUUUAAAUUUAAUUGAGAGUGAUUACAGAAAAUGACUUAUGUGUGUUUAACUAUCUAAACAAAAAUGAUAAGUGUAUUAUUAUUUUUUUUCUUUCCAGAGUAACUUAGGUGUCUUGUAUAUGUUGAAGUAUGAGUGUUUAAAUGAUAGAAAAUAUCUAAAAAAUAUUUUUUCAUUAAUUGGUUUUUAUUCCUAUUUUCUCUCUAACUGUAUAGCAUGGCUAUAAUCCUAUGCAAUAUGUAUUCUUAAAUAGAUAUAUGGAGGGCAGUUUGUUUUACUCAGUGAAGCUUUAAUAUUGUGGGAUCACUUGGAAAGCUGGCAUAGCAAAAUUCACUGCUGUAGCUGCAUGACUCCUCUUUCAAUACGAUGUAUCCAUGUGUGUUGCGGUGGAAAUGGACCUGCGUUGAGGUGGGAAAAGAGGGACCAGAGUAUAUAGCCACGAUCAAACAUAUGGUUGAGACCAAUAUUUUUUUUUCUGAAUAAAAAAUGUUAAAUUGAA